AUGUAUAUGAGGGUGAAAAGAUAUUUGAAUAUUUUGAGCUCAGUUUGGAACAUUGGUUCUACCGAAGAUGAUGAUGAUGAUGAUGUUGAUGAAGAGACCACUCCUCAGAAGAAGACGAAGAAAAAAACUUCAAAAGAAAGUUCUGAUGGAAAGGAAAAAGACAAGAAGUCCAAAUCAAAAGAUGUCAAAGAGGAUGUAGAUAGUAAAGGUAAAUCUAAAGCCAAGAAAAAGGAACCAGCCUCCAUGUUUCAGAUAAAUGGAGACAAGCCUGAAACCAAGAAUAAAAAGAAAGCUGCCAAAUCUGAGAGUGAAGAUGAGAGCGAACCAGAAACCAAAACCAGCAAGACGAAGAAGAAGAAGAGCAGCUCAAACCCAGCGUCCAUGUUUCAGACAGGAGGGGACAAAGACAAAGACAAGGACAAAAAAACAAAAAAGACCAAAAGUCCUGCUAAAGCAGAAGAGACUGAAGACUCUGACUCAGAAGUGACACAGAAAAAGAAAAAGGGCAAAGGGAAAAAAGGCAAAAAGGAGGAGCGAGCACCUUCUCCUCCCAUCGAGUUUGACAAUCUGGAGGAGUUCGUACUUCAGCCUGCACAACAGGGCGUCACGGUAAGGUGCAAAGUGACCCGCGACAAGAGAGGGAUGGACCGAGGCCUUUACCCAACAUACUACCUGCACCUGGACAACGAGAAGAAAGUAUUUUUGUUAGCGGGAAGAAAGAGGAAAAAAAGCACAACCUCAAACUACUUGAUCUCCAUUGACCCGACCGACCUCUCCAGAGGAGGAGAAAACUUCAUUGGGAAGCUGAGGUCAAAUCUGAUGGGAACUAAGUUCACGGUGUUUGAUAAUGCACUGCAUCCGGACAGAGCUCUGCCGGACAUGUCUAACGCAUGGCAGGAAUUAGCAGCUAUUAUCUAUGAAACAAAUGUUUUGGGCAUGAAAGGACCAAGGCGAAUGAUUGUAAUUAUUCCUGGCAUGACCAAAGAUGGAGAACGAGUCCCCAUACGACCACGUAGUGAAAAUGAUGGCCUCCUCAUUAGACAUCAAAACAGAAAUAUGGAAAACGUGAUAGAGCUGCGCAAUAAGACGCCAGUGUGGAAUGAAGAGACGGCGUCACGCGUGUUAAACUUCAACGGCAGAGUCACACAGGCCUCCAUCAAAAAUUUCCAGAUUGUGCAUAACAAAGACCAGGACUACAUUGUGAUGCAGUUUGGGAGAGUAGCAGACGAUGCCUUCACUCUGGACUUCAGGUAUCCUCUGUGUGCCGUACAAGCCUUUGCCAUCGCUCUCUCCAGCUUUGAUGGCAAAAUCGCCUGCGAGUAAAAGCGUAAAGAUGCCCUGCUGGUGUCUUUCUGUGAUUUCGUCACACGCAGCAAAUGGGAAACGUUCUCACUCAGCAUCAGCUCAAUUCACAACGAGACAGAAACCCAUAAAUCUGUCAAAUAAAGCCACCAUUGCUUGUGGGGUUGCAUGAUUUUACAUGCCAUAGAGAGAUCUGAUGGUAAUAUCCGCUUGGGCUAAAAUCAAGGUAAUGGUUGUAGAGUGGGUGAACUGAGAAGGGAGGAAGUGCAUUGAGAUGUUUGAUUUGAGAGUUUGAAAAAUGCAAAUGACCCCUGGUGGUGAGGAGGUCACAUUAGACGUGAUGUGUGUUUGAAACGGGAAAAAGAAACAAUGGAUUGUGUUUUAGUUUUAGGUUUUGCAUACAAUGCAAUUAGGAAAAAUGUGUUUUAAUAUUGUCUGCUUCACAUUUGAAUAAAUUGUUAUCUUAUACUAUGAAUAAAAAAAGCACUUUGUUUAUAGGAAUAGUUCACCCAGAGUUGAAAAUUUGCUGAAAAUGCUCACCUUCAGG